GGCAGCCCCACAGCCAGAGCAGAGGGCAGAGGUUAAAUCUGUUGGCAUUUUUGUCACAAGAAUGGUCACUUCACAUCCUCUCCCUGAAGGCUUCACUGAAAUAGAGGUGUUUGCCAUCGGCACAGCCCUACUGGUAGAAGCCCUGCUUGGUUUCUGUCUGAAUGGUUUGACGAUUAUUUCAUUCCGAAAAAUCAAAGAACUCCGAACACCCAGCAACUUGCUGGUUCUCAGCAUUGCUCUGGCUGACUGCGGGAUAUGCAUCAAUGCAUUCAUUGCUGCCUUUUCCAGCUUCCUCAGGUACUGGCCCUAUGGCUCCGAGGGCUGUCAGGUUCAUGGGUUCCAGGGCUUCUUGACAGCACUAGCUAGCAUUAGCUCCAGCGCAGCAGUUGCCUGGGAUCGGUAUCAUCACUACUGUACAAGGAGCAAGCUGCAGUGGAGUACAGCCAUCUCCAUGAUGGUGUUUGCGUGGCUGUUCGCUGCCUUCUGGGCCACGAUGCCCUUGCUGGGCUGGGGGGAGUAUGACUAUGAACCCCUCCGAACCUGCUGCACCCUGGACUACAGCAAAGGGGACAGAAACUAUAUCACAUUCCUUUUUGCCCUGUCCAUUUUCAAUUUCAUGAUCCCGGGCUUCAUCAUGAUGACAGCCUAUCAGUCCAUACACCAGAAGUUCAAGAAAAGCGGGCACUAUAAGUUUAACACUGGCUUACCUUUGAAGACGCUGGUCAUUUGCUGGGGUCCCUACUGCCUUCUGUGUUUCUAUGCAGCAGUUGAAAACGUGAUGUUCAUUUCACCAAAAUACCGAAUGAUUCCUGCCAUUAUUGCCAAGACAGUGCCAACCGUGGACAGCUUUGUGUAUGCCUUGGGCAAUGAGAACUACAGAGGAGGAAUAUGGCAGUUCCUCACAGGACAGAAGAUUGAGAAAGCAGAGGUUGAUAACAAAACUAAGUAACCCAUUGCAGCAUCAAGCCACAUUAAUGCAGGUACACCAGUGAAAGCAACGCAGUAGAGGAAGACGUGUACAUUGUGGUAUGUACGUGCAAAGGUGAUUCCACGUGGAUAAGGCUGUGCACUGACUACAAGAAAUGAAAGAAAGCCCCAUGGAUUACUGUUGAAACCAUCAUGAGCUGCUUGUCAAACAAGCUGCCAUAAACCUGUCUUGAUUGUCAUCAGUCUCAUUUUAUAUGUCACUGCAAAUAAACUGUAUGCUGGAAAGCAUUCUUUUUCUCCCAAUAGACUAACAUAAAAGUUCAGCAAAUUAACUGAAGUAGGGUAUUCAUUUACCCAGUGAGGCCUCCCCAAACCAAACUGCAGUUUGUCUAUGAUGUCUGAAUUACCAGAAGAUUCGAGAAUCCAGAAUUAUGCCACAUGUCUGUAUUAAUAGCUUAUCCAUUGGAACAGUGCAUUUUCUAUGCACCCAAAAUGGAAGUUUCCAAACUUCCGCAAUGAAUCUGCCAUCCUAAUUCUAUCAAAACAUGUUAGUGGACAUUUUACUCCAGUAAG